AUGGAGAAGUUCUCGCAGUUCCGAGACAAAGGAUCCGGCAUAUCGCCAUUCAUCCCCGCCACGACGCCAUCCUCCGCUCUUACAGUCAUCACCUCAACCUUCCUCGUGCUCCUCCGUCUGCCCUUCUUCCUGGCCUACUCAGCCCUGUACUUCCUCCUUCUGCACCACCUCCCGCUCCCAGUCUUUGCUAGGAAACUCCUUCUCUGGACCCUUCUCGCCAUCCCGGGGAUAUGGUGGGUGGACCUGCAACUAGACGGCGUCAAGCGCGGGUCGCUGAGCCAACAACCGCCCUCGCGCGUGCCCCACCCGCGGUCCGUCAUCGCCGCAAACUUCACCUCGCCCAUCGACGCUUUGUACCUCGCCGCCAUCUUUGACCCCAUCUUUGUCGCCGCCUACCCCAACUUGCGCAAGGUCCGCCGCAUCAGCCUCUUCGCCGCCAUCUCGGCCGCGCUUUCGGCGACCAACAACGGAGAUGACGACGGCCUGACUGACCUCGGGGAGCUGCUCGCCCGGCACCCGGACCGGGUGAUCGCCGUGUUCCCCGAGUGCGGGACGACCAACGGCAAGGGGAUCCUGCCGCUGAGUCCGUGCCUCCUGGGCGCUCCUCCGGAAACGGCCGUGUUCCCCGUCAGCAUGCGGUACACGCCGCCCGACAUCACGACGCCCGUGCCGGGCGCCCGCGCGUGGGUUGUGUUUUUGUGGAGGCUGCUCGGGCGGUCGACGCAUACGAUUAGGGUGCGCAUUGCCGAGGCCGUGCACAACAAUAACACUUCUGACGGAGGAGUAUCUUCUUCGUCUUCCUCCUAUUACCGGGGUUCGGGUUCGGGUUCGCUGAGUAGGGAUGGUGAGAGCGGAAAUGAUGGGAAAGAAGGGGACGACGAGCCGACGCCCGAGGAGCAGCGGAUGCUAGACCGUGUUGGCGAGGCGCUGGCUAGGUUAGGUAGGGUAAAGCGGGUUGGGCUGACGUUGCGGGACAAGAAAGCCUUUGUGGCAGCUUGGAAUAAGGGGAGAAGAUGA